AUGGCGAUCUGGAAAACAAGACUCACGCUUAUAUACCAUGGCGGAGUCCUCAGAACAUCCCCCAACAUAUACAACCUUCCCGGCCCCCAAACCCGCCCCUUCACGCACUACCCCCACCUCCACGAAGGCCAAAAAUGGACCCCCACCGAACUCCAAACCCUCCAAACCCUAAGCACAACCGGCACAACCAACCGCACCAUCCGCGAACACCACCUCCCGCACCGCACCCUCGAAGCCAUCGCCCUCCAACGACACCGCCUAGGCCUAAAAACCCGCUCAAAACCGCCCCCCUGGACCGCCGCCGAAACCGCGACCCUCCAAACCGCCCUGGAGCGCGGCCUCACCUGGACGGAGAUCCGGCUGCGGGAGCUGCCGCAGCGGACGGAGUCGGCGAUGAAGGGGAAGGUGCGGCGGAUGGAGGUUUAUGGGGCUUGUGGGGGGAGGAAGGAGAGGCGGAAGUGGGGGGUGGGGGAGGUGGAGAGGUUGAGGUGGUUGAGGGAGGUGGAGGGGUUGUGUUGGGGGGAUGUGGCGGUCGAGAUGGGGAGGAGUGAGGUGGCGGUUGCGGGGAAGUAUUGGUUUUCGAGGAGAGGGGAGAGGAGGGGGAGGGGAGGGGUGGAGAAAGAUGGGGGGUAG